AUGAAGACUUUCUGCCUCAUUGUCGCCACUCUAGUUGCCCCAGCUGUCUUUGCAGCGCCAAAGAACAGCCAGUCUGAAGGCGACCACUUCCCAGAAGUGAUACCUGGCGACGGCCUCCCCUCCCUCGAUUUACUCAACUUAACAUCAGCCGAUCUAUACGAUCCCAAUCAUGGAGCCAGAUUCGGAUUCGACGAUUCAGAUGACGCCGUCGAUAAUGCGACAGAGGCAGCGGCCGGUGCUGGGCACUGUCGUACAUACUUCACGAGAACACCAGUUUCUGGUGCCAGGGCGUGUCGCAACUACCUUGCCCAUGUUGUUGGCUGGAAGAAGUGUAGUUUACACAAAGGAAAAGAUGGACUCUGGGAAGCCACCUUUUGCAGCUCGGGGGACGCUGUAAUUGUUGGAGGUAAUCCGGCUGACGGUGCUGCAAGCGACUGCCGUGAUGUGGCAUUCGGCGUGCAAUGGGUCAUCAAUCACUGUACCCAUGAUGGCAAAGUCAGGGGACAACGGGCUGCUGCGGGUAAUGGAAAUCUUAUUGUUGGGGUUACUGGAAAGCGUCGUUGA